GGUGCGCGCUUGCGAAGCUCAAUGAGCAGAGAGUGAAAGCAGCGCGCGGCUCCUCUCUCCGGCUGUUUGACUCUUGGAUAGGACUGUUUGCGUCUGCUCCCAAAAUGAACCAAACUGCCACCGUAUCACACCAAGUGAAAUGCCAGUCUACGAAGACCAUCAAGGACCUGGGUGGGGGGAGUCCUCCUCAGAGGAACUGGAAAGGCAUUGCCAUCGCCCUGCUGGUCAUCCUGGUGGUCUGCUCUCUCAUCACCAUGUCCGUCAUCCUCCUCACACCAGCUGACAGCCAAGCUGGAAGUGACACUAAACUGUCCGUGGAGGAUCUGUUCAGACCUGAGUUCAAGGUCCACGACCCGGAGGCCAAGUGGAUCAAUGACUCAGAAGUCAUCUACAGAAACAAUGAUGGCCACGUCAUCAAGUUCAACAUCCUGACCAACGAAACAGAGAUUGUCCUGACAAACACGACAUUUAUUAAUUUCAACGUGGCCAAGUACUCCGUCUCACCUGAUCUGAAAUAUGUGCUCUUCGCCUAUGAUGUGAAACAGGUUUACCGCCACUCCUACAUGGCCUCCUACAGUAUCUACAAUAUCCACACACGGGAGGUUUGGGAGCUGGACCCCCCUGAGGUGGUGAACUCCGUGCUGCAGUACGCUGCCUGGGGGGUUCAAGGCCAACAGCUGAUCUACAUAUUUGAAAAUAACAUCUACUACCAAUCAGAUGUCAAGAGUAACUCACUGAGGAUAACGUCUUCAGGGAAGGAAGGCAUCAUCUUCAAUGGGAUUGCUGACUGGCUCUAUGAAGAGGAGAUCCUUCAGACCCAUGUGGCCCACUGGUGGUCCCCUGAUGGAGAGAGGUUGGCCUUCCUGGUCCUUAAUGACAGUUUGGUGCCCAACAUGGCGCUACCUCGCUUCACCGGCAUGACAUACCCCAAAGGAAAGCAAUACCCAUACCCCAAGGCUGGCCAACCCAACCCGGCAGUGAAGCUGUACGUAGUCAAUCUUUACGGGCCGACGCACACAUUGGAGCUCAUGCCUCCAGAGACACUCAAGCUACGGGAACAUUAUGUGACCAUGGUGAAGUGGAUAAGUAAGACCAAGACGUCGGUGAGGUGGCUGAACCGAGCCCAGAACAUCUCCAUCUUGACUGUAUGUGACACCACCACCGGAGCCUGCGUCACGAGACAUGAAGAAAGCUCGGAGCUCUGGCUGUCCAAGCAGAACCAAGAACCGGUGUUCUCCAAAGACGGCAGCCGGUUCUUCCUGACUGUCCCUGUGAAACAGGGAGGACGUGGAGAGUUCCAUCACAUCGCCAUGUUCACCACACAGUUCAGAGCCGAUCAGAAUGAAGUGCGCCAUCUGACCUCAGGGAACUGGGAGGUGACCCAGAUCCUCGCCUACGAUGAGAACACUGACAACCUUUAUUUUAUCAGCACAGAGGGAUCAUCACGACGACGACAGCUUUUCAGUGUGAAGACCGUAGGUCUGUUCCCACGCCGCUGUUUGACCUGUGAGUUGAAUAAAGCUCACUGUCUGUACAUCGAUUCGGACAUCAGCCCCACAAACCAGCACAUUAUCCUCCACUGUAAAGGUCCUGGAGUGCCUUCAGUGAUCUUACACAGCCUCAAUAAUUCAAAUUACUACAUCCUGGAGAACAACUCGCUGCUGAAGGCCGCCCUGCAGUUCAAAAGGAUCCAGAUGACUGACUUCAGAACUGUGCAGAUGGAACAUUUUGAUUUACCUUUAAAGAUCUCCUAUCCUCCGGACUUCUCUGAGUCCCGUCACUAUGGCCUCCUGUUGAUUAUAGACAGCGCCCCCGGUGGUCAGGCGGUGAGCGAGCGCUUCUCUCUGGGCUGGGACUCGGUGCUGGUCAGCUCAGACAGCAUCAUUGUGGCUCGUCUGGACGGCCGGGGCAGCGGCUUCCAGGGUCAGAGGGUCCUGCAGGAGGUCCACCAGAGACUGGGGACUGUGGACGUUCAGGACCAGAUUGCUGCAGUCGAAUUCAUGAUGAAAUUUCCAUAUAUUGAUCGAACACGGAUAGCAGUGUUUGGAAAGGGUUAUGGAGCGUACAUGACAUUAAUGAUGCUCAAGUCAACUGACAGCCUCUUCAAAUGUGCGUGUGCGAUGUCUCCGGUGACAGACUGGAAACUCUACGCAUCAGCGUUCUCUGAGAGAUACCUGGGCAUGCCAUUACGGGAUGACAGCAGAUAUCAGUUCUCCAGCGUGCUGCAGAGUGUUCAGGCGCUGAAAGAGCAGACCCUGAUGCUGGUGCAUGGCACAGCAGAUGCAAACAUUCACUUCCAGCAUACUGCUGAGCUCGUCAAGAACCUGGUGAAAGUUGGAGCAAACUACUCAAUGCAGAUCUACCCAGAUGAGGGCCACUUCCUGUCCCAGCAGAGUCACAUUCACCUGUACGCCACACUGACCAGCUUCUACAGGGAGUGUCUGAAGGAGGAGCUGCUACCGCUGCCCGAUGAGGAAGAGGAGGAGGAAGAGUAGGAGAGAGGCUUUGAGGGGUCGGACCUUUGGCAGAGCUUGAAGGAUUUUGAUAAAAAUCCGUCAAGGCUUUUCACGUUUAGCGGGACAUUGGGUUAGAGCUGCUAAUGCUCCUAAAGUGUGUAUGUGGUGUGUGUGAGCACUCCGGUGUGUGACCGUGUGUAUGUGUAAAUGUGUUGAAAAGAUAACUGAAGGACACAACAGUGCAUCAGGGCGGGACCUGGCCUCUAGUCGUCUCAGUUUUUGGACGCUUCGUUUCUUGGCAAAGCGCACGGAAGAGAUCCUCCAUGUUCCGCAGGCUCUCCGGGCCGUCGUCAUCCACAAUGCAUGGUUCUUUUUCCCCCUAGCCGCCUCACCCAUUCCGCCAUGUUAGUCCCUAUUGUGGUAACACUUAGGGAAGAACACAGAUGUACACUUUGAACUCACCUCUCCUUUGGUUGAUGUAUCGUUGGACAGAGAAAGCGGAAAUGUUUAGUCACUCAAGUUCACCACAACAGAGCCCAUCCUGAGUAAGAACUACUUCCUGCAGAAACCCUCCGCCAUUACUCACACUUAAUAUAAAAAAGUCUUUAUAGGUCACACUUUAUUGUACAGGGGUCUUGUGUAGACAUGUACAAUGCCUUAUGAGGUUCAACAUACUGUAAUAAUCUUUGCUCGCAGUGGUAUUCAUACUUUAGCAGUGUCAUGUUAACUUAAGUCGACUCAGGUCUUCGAGAAACUUCUCCAUACUCCGUUUAGAAUCAGUUACACUAUAGCAGCUGUACGGUUAGGAAUAAGUUAUGCUUACUAUAUGAAGGUUACUGAAAUGUGGUCAAUUCCGUUUCAGGCCACACUUAAAGGGAUAGUUUAGAUCUUUUAAAGUGGGGUUCUAUCAUAGAUGUCGAAUAAGAACUGGAUACAGGAUUGGAGGCGGGGCCUCGUUCAUUCCUGUGAGAGCUGCUCAUUGGCGCAUGAAGACAAAAUGGCCUGAGAUUCUCAAGAGCAAAACGUCACAAAUUACCCAUCAUGCCUGGCUGUCGAGAGCAUAGAUGAGAGUAACACCUACGUAACUUCCUGGCGAAAUUACGGCCCUGCCCACUUUUUGGGGAAAACAUUCGCUUUGAUAGCGGUCAAUACAGAUUCUAAAGUUUUCGGCAAUCACAUCAAAAAAUCAAGAUAACUGCAUCGUUUUUAAUCUACAAAAAUCCCAAUUAUGAUGGUCCGACAGGCAAACUUUUAAAAAAUGUCAUUGGAGAUCAAUGAUCUGUGUCGAUUUAUAGUUUAAUAUAAAUCAAUAGGGAACUACUUUUAACGACUAACUUUUCCUGGUCGAAAUUACGGCCCCGCCCACUUUUGGGGGGAAACAAUGCAUCAGAGCAAAGCGGGAAAUAAUAGUUUGUUCAUGGCUUAAAGCUGCUGAGUCAUGUAUUGCAUCUCAAACAACAAAUAAAUCCAGAGUUUCUUUACUUCCUCUACAGAAAAAAGGAGAGUAAAACAAAGGAUGUAUUUCAGAAAACUCAGUUUCAGUGUAAGCCUGCUGCCUGCCACUGUAGCCGACUGACCAAACAUCAUUUCCCUAUUGAUUUAAAUUAAACUACAAAUCAACGCAGAUCAUCCAUUGACAUUUUUUAAUAGUUUGCCUGUCUCACCAUCAUAAUGGGGCUUCUUGUAGAUUAAAAAAAAGGCGCAGUUAUCUUGAUUUUUUUAUGUGAUUGCCGAAAACUUCAGAAUCUGUAUUGACUGCCAUUCCAAUCAAAGCGAAUGUUUUCCCCCAAAAGUGGGUGGUACUACGUGUGUUACUCUCAUCUAUAGAGCAUGCACAGUUGAGUUUCUCCCUUAAGCCCCGCCCCCGAUCUCCCUCUUCAGCUCAGUAGAAUGAAUGGAGAGAGAAAAUAAAUCUGGAUUCAGCUUUUAGCGCAUUUUAGAACUUUAAGACCUAAUGAUUUAAUAAGGGCUAUAACAGGGUUCAUACUGGGUAGUUAAUCUGGUUUCAAAACAAUUAUCCACCGAUUUACAGACGUCUCUUUCCCAAUGUAAGUCAAUGGGAAAAAGUCUUUCUGCGCCGGUGACGUCACAGACUGAUACGGAAGUGGUAGUACCUGGAGUUUGGCCACUACCAAUAUAUUCCUAAGCGUCUGGAGCACUUCCUGGGGGCUUGGGUUCUAUAAGUUACUUAUCUCCAGUAGUGGAAAGUAACUAAGUACAUUAGUAGGUAGGCUACAUUACAUUAAGUCUGGUAUUUUUCUGACAUAUUUGUAAUUUACGUGAGUUGGUCCAUGUAAUGCUAUGUUUUACUUCUACUUCUGUACUGUUACUCCACUACAUUUAUGUUAACACUCUUUGUAAAUAUAAUGAUAUGGUACAAUGCAUUACUGUACUAUUAAUCUACAAAGUAUGUCAAGUAUUUAAAUUUGGUCCACACCAACUAAAAUACUAAAAUGCUCUCAUGUAUAUAUAAAAAGGAUAAAAUAAUAACCAUGAUAAUAUAAUACUGUCAGAUUCUGCACAACGAAUACUUCAUUUUAAAAACAGGAUUCUUACUUGUAAUGGAAUAUUUUUUAGGAUCUGAGUACUUCUUGGAACACUGCUUAGUCAGUACUACCUACUUUUCCUACAGUUCAGUUUGGAGAAACACACAGGAUAACUCGCAGGAAGCUGAGAAAUGUUUUGCUUUGGAUAAGGUACACAGCAAAUGAUAUGGAAGACACCUAAAAGAAGGCCCCUCCAGAAAACCAUUAUUCCUAGCUCUGCCCUCUACAAAGCCACCAGACUUCUUUGUAAAAAAAACCAAUCAUUGGUAUUCCAGAACAUUGGAGUUGCUAAUGUAGCUCUGCUUGAAUUGGUUAGUUUGUUUUUGAUGUUGUGAAACCUUGGUGACUCCGAAAAAAACCAAACAUAAAGUGACUAACAGAUCGAGGCAAUGAUGUACCAGCAGCCCCCCCCCCCCCCGAGAUCUGCCAGGUUUAAUGACUGCUUUACAACAAAGUCUGGUGGCUUUGAGAAGUACUCAGAUUUUAUACUGUAGUAAAAGUAGAAGUACUCAGAUCCUGUACUUGAGCAAAUGUAGAAGUACUCCGAUCUUGUACUUAAGUAAAAGUAGAAGUACUCAGAUCUUGUACUUGAGUAAAUGUAGAAGUACUCCGAUCUUGUACUUAAGUAAAAGUAGAAGUAAUCAGAUAUUGUACUUGAGUAAAAGUAGAAGUAAUCAGAUCUUGUACUUAAGUAAAAGUAGAAGUACUCAGAUCUUGUACUUGAGUAAAGUAGAAGUACUCAGAUCUUGUACUUGAGUAAAAGUAGAAGUACUCAGAUCCUGAACUUGAGUAAAAGUAGAAGUACUCAGAUCUUGUACUCGAGUUAAAGUAGAAGUACUCAGGUCUUGUACUUGAGUUAAAGUAGUACUCAGAUCUUUUACUUCAAUAAAGUAGAAGUACUCAGAUCUUGUACUUGAGUAAAGUAGAAGUACUCAGAUCUUGUACUCGAGUUAAAGUAGAACUACUCAGAUCUUGUGCUUGAGUAAAGUAGAAGUACUCAGAUCUUGUACUUGAGUAAAGUAGAAGUACUCAGAUCUUGUACUUGAGUAAAAGUAGAAGUACUCAGAUAUUGUACUUGAGUAAAGUAGAAGUACUCAGAUCUUGUACUCGAGUUAAAGUAGAAAUACUCAGAUCUUGUACUUGAGUAAAGUAGAAGUACUCAGAUCUUGUACUCGAGUUAAAGUAGAAGUACUCAGAUAUUGUACUUGAGUAAAGUAGAAGUACUCAGAUCUUGUACUUGAGUAAAAGUAGAAGUACUCAGAUCUUGUACUCGAGUUAAAGUACAAGUACUCAGAUCUUGUACUUGAGUAAAGUAGAAGUACUCAGAUCUUGUACUUCAGUAAAAGUAGAAGUACCAGUUGUACUGUAGGAAUACUCUGUCACAGUAAAAGUCCUGCAUUCUAAAUGUUCCUCCAGUGAAAGUAGAAAGUACUCUCAUCUAAAUGUACUUAAAGUAGCGACAGUAAAAGUAGUCAUUGUUUGAUUGGUCCAUUUCAGAAUAAUAUCUCUGAUAUGUUUUAUAAUGAUUGAUCAUUAAAGUGUUCUCAGAGCUGGUAAAGGUGCAGCUAGUUUGAAUGGCUUUGUAUACUGCAGGGUAGCUGCUGGAUUUACUGCAGGUGAACUAAAGUCUGAUUUAAGGGCUGAUUAUAUUUACCAUCAUUAAUCCAGAUCUGUAAAGUAACUAAAGGGAUUAAAUAAAUGUAGUGGAGUAAAAGUACAAAGUAGCAAAUCAUUUAAAUACUCAAGUAAAGUACAAAAUCUCAAAGUUGUAUUCAAGUAAAGUACUUAGUUACUUUACACCGCUUGAGUUCAAAGGGGUAAAGCGAUACAAAUAUUAAAAACCUUUUAGCCCCCCCACGCCAACCUCAGUGCAUCGCUUAGCUUCUGUGCUCAUACUGCUGUCAGUUGUUUCCAAACUGUAAGUUCUAUCUUGACUUCAUACACCCCCACUACACAGAAUCUAAACUAUCCCUUUAAUAUGUCAUUAAAUCUUGUGUUUUUCAAAUCUCUAAAAACGUUUCAGAUUUCUUUCGCCUUGCUCUGCCUGAAGUCAGGAGACAUUUUUCUUAUUUCUGGAAAUUCUCUUAUUUUAACAAAAUGGACAGCUGCAGCGGAUAUUAAUGCUCACUCAGAACGGACAGUUCUACAGAGUCAGUAAGGUGUUUGCAUGUCUACAGGGAACGUGUCAAGUGUUGUCACAUUUUGUACAGUACAAUACAGCAGAGUGUGUACAUAAAUAUAUUUUUGAGAUGUCACAUCUCAUAGAUAGUUUAGUCUACUGGGACGGAUUGAUUUGACCUGGAUGUCUUGUACUCUUUCUUUCUGUUUUCCUUUCAGCUGAUUUUCUUCUUAGGAUGGAUUUUGUAAUGCUUGUUCUUGUUCUUUUUGCUGUUUUAAAAAGGGAAAGGGCAGGGUUGAGCUUUUGGGGUUAUUGUGAUUGUCCUCUAGUGAUGAUUAUGAAUUAAAAAAAAGACUAUGAAAAACGAUGAGUAAUGCUGGUAAAUAGCACAUUUGUUUUAUUGAUUGUUUGAGGUUUCAAUUUAA